UAUGACAACGCAUAAAAUAGCUUGUGAUUUACUCAUAGUGCUCACUUUCAGUCGUUCUUCUCCAAUCUACAUUCUGAUAAAAAGAAGAUGGUGUUUCUCGGCGUCGUUUUCUGUGUUCUCUUGAUGUCAAGUCUUGCUAAUGGGGCGGAGGCCCUAGAAACAAGCCAAGUGGAGCUCUCUGAACGCAGUACUCCAACUCUCGCGGGACUUGCGUCUACGGUGAAAACCAUGAGAGCGGAGAUGAAUCGACUUUUGGCUCAAAUGAAACUUGCAUCUUUUCUUAAAGGAAGGGAUGGGCGUGACGGAAAACCAGGCCCCAUCGGGCGAGAUGGUCGAGAUGGAAAAAGUGGAGCUCCUGGAGCUAAAGGAGCACAGGGUGCCCAAGGACCCAAAGGGAGCCCAGGCCUCCGCGGACGACCAGGCGCCACAGGUCCAAGACCUAAGUUGGAGUGAAGUACACGCGGUGGGGGAAGAAAUCUUGCCCAACUGGAGCACAGA